AGGAGGAGCAGGAGCAGGAGGAGCAGGAGCAGGAGCAGGAGCAGGAGCAGGAGGAGGACGCAGCCAGGCCGGCGCAGCUAGGGCGCACGCCCCACACCCCGCGCUCCGGGGCCAUGGAGGAGCUCACCGCCUUCGUCUCCAAAUCUUUCGACCAGAAGAGCAAGGAGAACGCGGGCGUGGGCGGCGGCGGCGUGGGCAAGAAGGACUCCAUCACCUACCGCGAAGUUCUGGAGAGCGGGCUGGCGCGCUCCCGGGAGCUGGGCGCGGCGGACGCGGGGCUGCAGGACGUGCAGGACGGCGGCGGCGGUGGUGGCGGGGGCGGCCACUGCGCCGUGCAUCUGUUCAAGGACCACGGGGAGCUGGACAAGGAGAAGCUCAAGGACUUCAGCGCGGGCAGGGGCGCGGUGGAAGGGAUCUACGACUGCAAGGAGAAGCGUGAGGACGUGAAGUCGGAGGAUGAGGACGGCCAGACCAAGCUGAAGCAGCGCCGGAGCCGUACCAACUUCACACUGGAGCAGCUCAACGAACUGGAGCGGCUGUUCGACGAGACCCACUACCCCGACGCCUUCAUGCGCGAGGAGCUGAGCCAGCGCCUGGGGCUGUCGGAGGCGCGCGUGCAGGUGUGGUUCCAGAACCGGAGGGCCAAGUGCCGCAAGCAGGAGAACCAGAUGCACAAAGGCGUCAUCCUGGGCACUGCCAGCCACCUGGACGCCUGCAGGGUGGCGCCCUACGUGAACAUGGGCGCCCUGCGAAUGCCUUUCCAGCAGGUCCAGGCUCAGCUGCAGCUGGAGGGCGUGGCACACGCGCACCCGCACCUGCACCCGCACCUGGCGGCGCACGCGCCCUACCUGAUGUUCCCGCCGCCGCCCUUCGGGCUCCCGAUCGCAUCCCUGGCCGAGUCCGCCUCCGCCGCCGCCGUGGUGGCCGCGGCCGCCAAGAGCAACAGCAAGAACUCCAGCAUCGCCGACCUGCGGCUGAAGGCGCGCAAGCACGCCGAGGCCCUGGGGCUCUGACCCGCCGACCCCGUGCAGGAGGAGGAGGAGGAGGAGGAGGAGCAGCGGGGACCCCGCCCCGGCCGGUCCCCACCCCGGGCAGCACGACCCUCGCGGACACCCUGGGGAGGCGCGUGGGAACCGGGCCUUUGCGCCACCCCGAGCUAGUGUGCUCCCUGGGCGCGUCCCGGGACCCAGUGCCAAGGGGACCCCCGCCCUGCUGCUGGCAGAGGGGCCCGAGCCUGUGCAUGCGGUACCUCCACACCUUUGGAAGAGCCCAGCGUAUAGCAACGGGAACCCGGACACACCCUGGGGCUGGUCUCCACGGGAAGAGCGCGUUUCUACGGCUCUAACUUUCGUGGCUGCGAUUUUCG